AUGCCCGGGGGUAGCAAUACCCCCUCGUCCCAGCGCUCUCGCGCGUUCUCCAUCGCUCUGUCCGGAGACGACCCCCCCGCUCGCUUCGCCACCCCGAGAAACAGCAGCAUUGCCGGUGGGAGCGUCGAAGGAACGCAGGAGUCGCAGGAGCCGCUGGACUUUGGAACGCAGGAGAAUGAUGGAGGGGAUCUGAUAUCAACACAAGGAGGCACAGAGGCUGUGCCUAGGCAAUCUGGUGUCGGGCCCGCUACGGCCAAUCGCCACCGCCAGCAAUCUGUCGCACCAGGAGGGCUCCCGGCUCUGCCGGAGGGGGCCAACAACAAGUGCCUGGCCGAGCUCAAGGUGUUGGAUCCUACGGGGCUCGGCUCCUUCGAGAGAGUGGUUAGCAUCCUGGGAAAACUGGAAGACAAGAGACUAUGCAAGCAGGAGAUUAUCCACAUCGAGAAAGGUCUAAGCAUCCUCAGUGGCCUUUAUAUGACCAACUGUGAAGCGUUGGCCCUCGAAAGGCAAAGGCUCAUAGAGUGCAUGCAGGAGACGGCGGCACUGAAGGCACAGCUCGAAGCGAUUAGCAGCGCCCUGCCAUCGGUACCGGAGGCCCCAGCGCGCCCUCCCCCGAAUCCGCCAGGGAGAAAUAGGAGAGCUAACCCGACGGGUGGACUCGGCCUUGCGGGCACGGAGCCUAGGCAUCAAGCUCCAGUGCAGUUGGCCGCCAUAUCGGUGCCUACCAGUGGGCAGGCGUCGAAUAAUGGCCCCAGGGGCAACCAAAGAGAGCUGAAUGGAGGUAGCGCCGCGGAUGGCAGUCCUGCGUGGACGGAGGUCAGGAGUCGAAGGCGUAACAGGAGUGGAUCAGUGCGCGCAAAUCCAAACCUGCAAACCGGAGGCGCCGGGACUCCCGGCCCGGGAGGAGAGGCAGGGCAGCACCGAGCAGGUUGCCCCCAGCCCCCGCGGAAAAAGGGCGUGAAGGAGGAGUUGGCCACCGACUUUAGGAGGCUAUUAGCUACUGAAGAAGGUAUGAAAUGGAGGAUCAGGGGUAUCUGGCCUGUUACCUUUGGGCUGGCGUUAGAAUGCAAUGACAAUGCCACCUUCAAGUCCAUCCUGGACAUGGGUAAGAAGGCCGAGCUCAGAUUUACAGGUGUCCCAUGUCCCAUAAAUGAGGACACCUUCCGCAAGGAACUGAGCUUGCGCAACGGCUUCAGAGGAGACUACGAGGUCGUGAGGAGACGAGGCGACAUGUGCUAG